CUAACUUUGUAAUACAUUAAAUAAAACAAAUAAAAACGUGCAGUGACGUGCAGGAAGUGAGGCAGGCAGCGGGUCUGUUGUGUUGGGAGAUGGCCCAUCUGGAAGGAUUAUCGAUAAUAUUUUGAUUUAUUUUGAUUAUUUUCUGCCCCUUUUUUGUUCGUUUGGUUAAAGAAAAGGUUAUCAGCUUUUUCACCGAGUUGGAAGACGGAGGCGGUAAGACUGAAAGCAGGAAAUCUGCUCUUAGGGCCAAUCUGAGGGAUCGGUUACACCUGCCUGACUCCAUUAGAUAAAUAAUCAGUUUAAUAACGUAAAUGUUAAAUGUGUGUUGAUGCAAAUAGUGUUUAAAGCAGCUGUAGGGUCUUUAAGUGGUGAAAAUAGUCCUACUUUACAAUUAACCACGCUAUAGCCAGUUGUAGCUUGUUUCUGUGAUGAUCUUCCCAUUCCACCUUAAAUGGUUUACCUUUCCGACACGAUUUAAGGCGGAACGGACAAUUCUAAUGUGAAGGUGUUACAGAUUACAGCUGUUAAGAAGAUUUACCCAUUCCUGACAUGUUUACAGACAGCAUGGACUACGAGCUGGAGGAAGAUAAACUGGGGAUCCCCACUGUUCCCGGCACAGUGACCCUGAAAAAAGAUGCACAGAACCUGAUUGGGAUCAGUAUAGGAGGAGGUGCACAGUAUUGUCCUUGCCUUUACAUAGUACAGGUCUUUGACAACACGCCAGCUGCACUGGACGGUACUCUUGCAGCAGGAGAUGAGAUUACGGGUGUAAAUGGAAAACCAGUAAAGGGGAAAACCAAAGUGGAGGUGGCCAAGAUGAUCCAAGCUGUGCAGGGUGAAGCUGUGAUUCACUAUAAUAAACUACAGGCUGACCCGAAGCAGGGCAAGUCCCUGGACAUAGUGCUGAAAAAGGUGAAGCAUCGUCUGGUGGAGAACCUGAGCUCAGGAACAGCAGACGCUCUCGGACUCAGCAGAGCCAUUCUCUGCAAUGAUGGACUUGUGAAGAAACUGGAAGAACUGGAGAAAACGUCAGAACUGUACAAAGGAUUGAUGGAGCAUAGUAAGAGGCUGCUCAGAGCUUUCUUCGAACUCUCACAGACUCACAGAGCCUUUGGGGACGUGUUUUCUGUUAUUGGAGUCAGAGAACCGCAGGCUGCAGCAAGUGAGGCCUUUGUGAAGUUUGCAGAAGCUCAUCGCAACAUCGAGAAAUAUGGCAUUCAGCUCCUCAAAACCAUUAAACCUAUGUUGCAUGAUUUGAACACCUAUCUUCAUAAAGCCAUUCCUGACACCAGACUGACCAUCCGCAAGUACCUAGACGUCAAGUUCGAGUACCUGUCUUACUGUCUGAAGGUGAAGGAGAUGGAUGACGAGGAGUACAGCUGCAUUGCACUGGGUGAGCCUCUGUACCGCGUGAGCACGGGGAACUACGAGUACCGACUGAUCUUGCGCUGUCGGCAGGAGGCUCGCUCUCGGUUCGCGAAGAUGCGCAAAGACGUCCUGGAGAAGAUCGAGCUGCUGGAUCAGAAGCACGUUCAGGACAUCGUUUUUCAGCUGCAGAGGUUUGUGUCUGGGAUGUCUCGCUACUAUGACGAGUGCUACGCUGUGCUGAAGGAGGCGGACGUGUUCCCCAUUGAGGUGGACCUGUCUCGCACCACGAUCAACUACAGCAGCCAGAGCCAGUCGUACGAGGAUGAGGAGGAGGAGGAUGACGGAGAAAGGGGAGAGGGAGGCGGCUCCAAAGAUCAGGCAGAGAAUGGGGCGGAGAAGCUGAUAGAUGAUGAAUGAGUAAAUGAACAUGAUGGUAGAAGUAAAUGGAGUAGAGAGACCAAUUGAAUGAGUGAAUGAGUCUGUGAGUGUGGAGGUAAGCAAAGUGUGCCUCAGAGUGAAGAAAUGCAGUUAAUGAAUGGACUACUGGGGGUGUGACAUUGUUUGGUUUUUGGCAUAAUCGUCAAAUCAGGAGCUCUAUGCUGGAUUUCUCUGUGGGGAAAAAUGAAUGGGAUUUUUUCUCAUGCUUUAGUAAAUACUUUUGAUCCAAACCCUAUACAUUUGGUCUUCUUCCCAGAUUUCUCUGUAUCGUUCAAAUUUUGAGCUUCUAAAUGAGUCAAAAGUUUAGUUUUCCUACAUUUGAGCUUAAAAUCAGGUUUGCAAACCCAAGCCAACCACACAGCUUUGCCUAAUUAAUUUCAUUAAGUGUGUCUGGCAGCAGUAGGGUACAGUUUGAGAAGCUAGUGUUACUAAAUGAGUUGUCAUCAAUGUAGGUUUUAAAGUCAGCUGCUGUACCUUACCAUUUCAGUGCUCAGGCUUAAAUGAAACAUUAUUUACAUUUCCACUUAAUUAUGAGUUUGAGGUAUGCAAUAUUACAAUAUUUGGUUUAUUGUGAAAAGUUUUGUUACAGUAAUGUGCAGUAUGCUGUUCUAAGUAUAUAAUGAAUAUAUAUCAUCAUUGCUUUAAGAACGCUGACAACUGCAUGCUUCAUUAAAGAAAGUGUAAUUAUUCCU